UCAAAAAAUUUCUUGCGGCUUAAUGACAUUUGAAGUGGAGGAUAUUUCAUAACAAAUUUUAAACAAAUGGAAUUAUGGAACAUUUAAAUGAAGACACAGCUAAGAAAAACAAUACAAAGCGAGUGUCAACAACUGCUAAGCUUUUGAUUGCAGCUACUGGGGGAAUAGGAGUCGGAUUAACAAUAGUAUGUGCGUCUUUUGUUGCCCCUGCAUUUCGCCGAUACUGCCUGCCUUAUGUUCCAGCAACAACCGAACAAGUCAACAAUGUCCUGUCGUUUAUACCUAAGAAUUCCAAAGGAAAACUUCUUGAUAUUGGAUCUGGAGAUGGAAGAAUCGUAAUAGCUGCAGCAAAACAUGGAGUUAAAUCUGAAGGAGUGGAACUCAAUCCUUGGCUGGUUCUGUACUCUCAGUACUCGGCAUUAAGGAACGGAGUUCACAAAAUGACUGAUUUCUUCCGAAGAGAUCUCUGGAAGUUCAAUUUGCAACCAUAUAACUACAUAGUUAUUUUUGGAGUUGAACAAAUGAUGCAAGACUUGGAACACAAACUCAUUGCUGAGAGUCGGACAGAUUGCAAAAUAAUUGCCUGUAGAUUCCCAUUACCAAAUUCCAAACCAACCAAAGUCAUUGAAGACGGCGUCAACACUGUGUGGUUUUAUGAAAUCCCAAAAAAGUCAUAGGUCUACAAAACCAUCAAAACAAACAAGAAAGUUUUUUUUUAGAUUUUAUUUUUAUUGUAUAAUUAAAACUGUUGCUUAAUGCGUUAGAUAGAAAAUUAUAAAUAUAUUUUUUCGAACAAAAAAUCAAAUAAUGUUAAAUUAGGAAACUAUUUUUGUUUUAAAUAACAACCACUGUUAUGUUACGAAGUGAAAGAGAAAAUAUAAAAACAACACGAUAAUACUUAUAGAAAAAAUAAAAACAAUACAAAAUUCAAAAGCGUG